AUGGGGGAGACCCAAUUAGGAUUCUUAGAGCAUGAUUUAACACAUUUCUGUAAACUUGCCGAUGGAUACCAAAGGACAGGGUGCUACAACAACUUAUGCUCAGGUUUCGUUCAAAGGAGCAAUCUUAUCACUGUAGGUGGAACCUACACCACCGUCUCAGAAUACGACGGAGAUCAAUACGACCUCUCCAUGCUUAUAUGGAAGGAUGGCGAAAACUGGUGGCUAAAGGUCGGUGAAGAGCUUGUGGGGUACUGGCCUGGCAAGUUAUUCAAUUCUCUAGGAGAUGGAGCUACCAUAGUUCAAUGGGGAGGUGAAAUCGUUAACUUGGAGACUGGUGGGAAACACACGACCACGGACAUGGGAAGCGGGCAUUUUGCAGAUGAAGGUUUUAAGAAAGCGAGCUAUUUCAGGAAUCUUAUGACAAUCGAUGAAACCAAUACUCUGAUAGAACCACAAGGAGUUUACCCCACGACUGGUCAUGAUAACUGUUACAACAUUAAAGCAGGAGAUGCUGGAAGUUCCUGGGGGGUUAAUUUCUUCUACGGUGGCCCUGGCCAGAACGAGAGAUGCCCUUGAUUUGGAUCUGUGUGCUCAAAUAUUUUGAGUAUUUUACAUGCAUGUCUGCAUGUAUCUGACUAUGAAUGUGUGAGUAAGAAAAAUAAUUCACGUCAUGGAAGUUAAUUUUAUCUGUGUCUUUGGAUAAUAUGUGUGUACAAGCUUUUCGAAUUUCGCGUGUUUAAUUUGAAUAACA